CCAGACGGGGCGGGGGGAGGGGGAGCAGCGGUGGCGCAAGCCGCGCGGAGCAGCGCAGCCCGGGUCCGCUCCCUGCUCCACCGCCGCCACCUCCCGCGCCAGCCAGCAGAGCCGGCGCCUCAGCGGCCCCCGGAAUACCUCAAAGCGGACGGAGUCCAUGUUGGGGAACUUGGCGGCGGCGUGACGGGGACCUAGGGACCUGCAGUGGGGCUGCCGCCGCCGCCGGAGCCAGCGCCUCGACCUCGGCCUGAGAUAACUUUGAUGGAAAGCCGGUUCCCUGACUGCUCGACCUGAAGAAUCCUAAGGGAAAUCCUUUUUCAAGGAGAAAUGAAGAAGAAAACUAUAUAUACCCUAAAUGUGGGCGAUCAGGACUAUGAAGAUAUGCCAGGUGAAGAAAACAAAGAUAAUACUGCUGCCACUAGUGUGCUGUACAGUGAAGCUGAUAGAUGUCCAAUAUGUCUCAGUUGCCUGUUAGAGAAGGAAAUUGGUUUUCCAGAAAGCUGUAAUCAUGUCUUCUGCUUGACCUGUAUUCUUAAAUGGGCAGAGACACUGCCUUCAUGUCCUAUUGACCGGAAACCUUUUCAGGCGGUGUUUAAAUUCAGUGUAUCAGAAGGUUGUGUUAAGGUUCAAGUAAAAAGACAGUUGAAAGGAACAAAUGACAAGAAAAAUGAAAGCUCUUUUAAGAAACAGCUAUCCUGUCAGGAAAAUUCUAAAAGCUGUAUGAGAAAAAAGAUCAUAAGAGAAGAUCUAUUAAGUGCAAAACUUUAUGACUUGAAGAUGAUACACAGAAACUCUAAAUACAAUGAAAUGGGAGGAAAGAAAAAUUCAAUAAUAAAGACAAAUAAGCCUCGAGGAUCAAAUCCAUGUACGAAUCAGCGCUUCAGGAGUUUUUUCUCCGAUGUCUUUUCUCCCAGUCACACUGGAGAGUCUUCUCUUGCCUAUACGGCUUACUGUACAGAAUUUAUAGAAAUCAAUGAAGUCAGUGCUUUGAUUAGGCAGAAGAGACAGGAACUGGAAUUGUCAUGGUUUCCUGAUACAUUACCUGGAAUUGGAAGAAUUAGUUUUAUACCCUGCAAUAUUGAAAUAGAAGUCCUUCCUCUCAUCUCUUCUGUGUUGCCAAGAACUAUUCUUCCAACAAGUACCAUAUCUUUAGAAAAUUUUGGUACUUCUUGCAAAGGCUAUGCAUUAGCACAUACUCAAGAAGGGGAAGAGAAGAAGCAAACUUCUGGUACCUCAAACACCAGAGGAUCAAGACGAAAACCUGCAGCAGCAACACCUACAAGAAGAUCUACACGUAACACAAGAGCUGAACCAGUCAGUCAGUCUCAGAGAUCCCCAGUAUCAAAUAUUUCUGGGUGUGAUGCCCCAGAUAACAAUAAUCCAUCUGUAAGUGUUUCCUCCUCAGGUGAGUCAGAGAAGAAAACAAGGCAGGCUCCAAAACGGAAGUCUGUAAGAAGAGGAAGAAAACUACCCUUAUUGAAAAAGAAACUUCGAAGCUCUGUGCCUACCCCUGAAAAAUCAUCUUCCAGUGAUUCAGUUGAUGAAGAAGUAGCAGAACCUGACAUACCACCUGAGUUAGAGAAAGAACACCAAUCAGAUGUAGAAAGUAUUAACACUGUGCAGAUAAAUGUAGAAAAUGAGUCUGCUAAUGGCUUAAGAAGUUGCAGUGAGCCAUUAAAAGAGAGUGAAGAAUGUGCUGAGACCCAUGAUACAGAGGAAAGAGUAGAAACUUUACAUUCUGAGUCUGGUACCCAAGAUCCUCCUGUGUUAUUUGGAGGGGGGGAGGAAAUUCAAGAAGUUGAGAAUACAGGUAUAGAAGUUAAUGUUUUAUGUCUGGAAAGUGAGAUUUCUGCAAGUACUUCCGAAAAAGGAAGUGAUCCAUUGGAAAAUCAAGACCCAAUAGCUGAACCUUCAGAAUCAGAAAUAAAAGCAGAUACAUGUAUAGAUCAUGCUCCAAAUGAUUCUCUUACAUGUUCAGGAUCUGAAAUUGAAGUGUACCAACCCGCAUCAAGCUUAGGUGAGUUACCUGAGAAUGUGGAAUCAAUAGUUAAUGAAGAAAAAGUUAUGGAGAGUUCUAUAGUAAAUAUUAUUGAUCGUAGAGAUUCUACAGUAAAAACAGAACAGCUUAUUGACAGUCCCAAAUUAGAAUCUUCUGAGGGUGGAGUUAUACAAGCAGUGGACAGAAAAUCUAUUGAGAGUUUAGAGGUUCAUUUGCUUGGGCAUGUUGAAAAUGAAGAUGCAGAAAUAAUUGCAACAUGUGAUACUUCAGGGAAUGAAACUCUCAAUAGUAUUCAAGACUCUGAAAAUAGUUUAUUAAAAAAAAAUCUUAACACCAAAUUGGACAAAUCUUUAGAAGAAAAGACUGAAUCUUUGGUUGAACAUCCCAGAUCUACAGAAUUGCCUAAAACACACGUUGCACUGAUUCAGAAGCAUUUUAGUGAGGAUAAUAACGAAAUGAUACCUAUGGAAUGUGAUUCAUUUUGCAGUGACCAAAAUGAAUCCGAAAUCGAACCAUCUGUAAAUGCUGAUGCUAAACAAGUAAAUGAAAAUUCUGUGGAGCACAGUUCCCAAAAGAAUAUGUCAUCUUCUGAUCCUGCAAAUGAAAAGGUUGAAACUGUAUCUCAACCAUCUGCAAACCCAGUAGAUGUGACAGAUAAAGCCAAAAAGCCUCGUACGAGAAGAUCUAGAUUUCACUCUCCAUCUACAACUUGGUCUCCCAACAAAGACACUGCCCGGGAAAAGAAGCGGUCUCAGUCUCCGUCUCCCAAAAGAGAAACUGGAAAAGAUAGCAGGAAGUCUCGAUCACCAUCUCCUAAGAAAGAAUCUGUUAGAGGACGGAGAAAAUCUCGUUCUCAGUCCCCCAAAAAGGAUAGUGCAAGAGAAAGGAGGAGAUCUCAGUCUCGGUCUCCAAAAAGAGAUAGUGCUAAGGAAGGCAAAAGAUCUGAGUCACUCUCCCCAAAAAGAGAGAACAGAAGAUCUCAGUCCAGAGUGAAAGAUUCCUCCCCAAGAGAAAAAUCCAGGUCCCGGAGCAGAGAAAAAGAGAGUGAUAGAGAUGGGUCGAGAAGAGACCGAGAUAGAGAAAGGAGAAUGAGAAGGUGGUCUCGAUCCAGAUCACGGUCAAGGUCACCAUCAAGAUCUAGAACAAAAUGUAAGGGUUCAUCAUUUGGUAGAAAUGACAGGAACAGUUACUCUCCUCGAUGGAAAGAAAGAUGGGCAAACGAUGGUUGGAGAUGUCCACGAGGGAAUGAUCGAUACAGAAAGAGUGACUCAGAGAAACAGAAUGAAAAUACGAGAAAAGAAAAAAAUGACAUCAGUCCAGAUGCUGAUGAUUCAAAUUCUUCUGACAAACAUAGAAAUGACUGUCCCACUUGGGUAACAGAAAAAAUAAAUUCUGGGCCUGAUCCGAGGACCAGAAAUCCAGAAAAGUUAAAAGAUUCUCAUUGGGAAGAAAAUAGAAAUGAGAAUUCAGGGAAUUCUUGGAAUAAAAACUUUAGUUCAGCUUGGAUGUCUAACCGUGGUAGAGGUAACCGUGGUAGAGGUAACCAUAGAGGUGGUUUUGCCUAUACAGAUCAAAAUGAAAACAGGUGGCAAAACCGAAAACCCCUCUCAGGGAAUUCAAAUAGUUCAGGGAAUGAGACUUUCAAAUUUGUGGAGCAGCAACCCUAUAAACGGAAAAGUGAGCAAGAGUUCUCCUUUGAUACACCAGCCGAUAGGUCGGGGUGGACAUCUGCAUCGAGUUGGGCUGUGAGAAAGACUCUGCCAGCAGAUGUACAGAACUAUUACUCGAGACGAGGGAGGAGUUCUUCAGGCCCACAGUCUGGAUGGAUGAGACAAGACGAGGAAACAGCUGAACAGGAGUCUAACCUGAAAGACCAAACAAACCAACAAGGUGAUGGUUCUCAGCUACCUAUAAACAUGAUGCAGCCACAGAUGAAUGCAAUGCAGCAGCACAUGAGUGCACACCAGCCUGUGAACAUGUUUCCAUAUCCAGUGGGUGUUCCUGCUCCUUUGAUGAACAUCCAGCGCAGUCCGUUCAGCAUUCAUCCUCAGCUGCCCUUGCAUCUGCACACGGGAGUACCUCUCGUGCAGGUGGCGGCUCCUAGCGGUGUAUCUCAGGGACUGCCGCCACCCCCGCCCCCUCCCCCGCCAUCCCAGCAAGUCAGCUACAUGGCUGCACAGCCGGAUGGAAAGCAGGUGCAGGGUAUUCCUAGUGCUUCUCAUGUAAGUAGUAACAUGAGUACACCAGUCUUGCCUGCUCCGACAGCAGCCCCAGGAAAUAUGGGAACAGUUCAGGGACCAAGUUCUGGUAAUACUGCGUCAUCAAGUCACAGCAAAGCUUCUAAUGCUGCUGUAAAAUUGGCAGAAAGCAAAGUAAGUGUUACAGUGGAAGCCAGCGCAGAUAGCUCGAAGACAGACAAGAAACUGCAAAUUCAAGAAAAAGCAGCACAGGAGGUAAAAUUGGCCAUUAAGCCGUUUUAUCAAAAUAAAGAUAUCACCAAGGAAGAAUAUAAAGAGAUUGUACGGAAAGCGGUAGACAAAGUAUGUCAUAGUAAGAGUGGAGAAGUAAAUUCUACUAAAGUGGCAAAUCUGGUUAAAGCCUAUGUAGACAAAUACAAAUAUUCACGGAAGGGAAGCCAAAAGAAAACCCUGGAAGAACCUAUGUCUGCUGAUAAAAACAUGUGCUGAAAGGGGAGCACUAGAACGGACACUGACGAGAUAUCUGCAAAGUGCAAUUUCAACAUGUACCUUUAACUGAAAAUCAUACAUAACUGUGAUUGAAAUUUGGUUUUGAUAAAAUUAUCUUUUUUAAUGUAGGAUAUAAUGUUUUGUUCUAAAUAAAUAUAGUUCAGCACCGCAGUAUCUAUAUCUUUUCCUCCUCUCCAUCCCCCCCCCCCCAAUAAAAUUCAAGGGAAAGUAAAGGGUUUAAAGGAAUAUGCAUUUUUACUAGGACUGGGUUAUACUGUGGAUACUGAAAGAUGUACAGGUUUUUGAUUUGAACAGUGGAGUGCAUAAAUUAGAAACUUCAGAGUGCACUGGUUUUGGAAGAGAUAUAUAUAAUACAUUUAUUCUGUCAGGCUAGAAAUAAAAAAUGGUCUUAUGAUUUUUCUCUCUAAUUAUAGAAAGAUAAAUAAUGUAUUACCAUGAAGAAUAUUUCUAAUAACAGAACAUACCAAUUGCGGGGUUCUUAAUGUGUAUUUUUAAAGCACACAUCUGAAUAAAUUGCUUAGGUAGAAGAUAUGAUCACGAGUAAAAUUCAGUGUUCAGAACUUUAGAACACUGUUCACCUAUUGUAUCACCAAAUAAAAGUUAUGCUGCUUGUUUUUCUUUUGUGCCUUCUUUUCCCCAAUUGAGAUGAAGCAGUUUGAUUUGCUACAUUUACAACUUUGGCAGUCUCAGCUCUGUUGAAUUUAGAAGACCUGUUUGGAAAAAGUGUUGACCUUGUAAAAAUUACGUUCUUCCUUAAUAUCUUCUGCUCAUCAGAAAUGGUAUACUGCUUGUGCCAACUGGAGAAUUGCUUUUAAGUCGUGACCCUCCCUUCCUUGGGUCUAAGGCAAAAUAAAAUCAUGAUAUCUGCUUCAGGGGCUUUCACGUUGUUGAUCAUCUGUUAAUCACUAAUGAAAAUUCUUCUUACACUUGGGAAAUCUCCAAAUGCUUUACAGUGAAUAAAGUGUUAAUUUGGUAACCAUUUUACAAAAUUCUAGACAUUAAAACCUGUGUUUUGGAAAAAGGAGAGGAAUUAAAUAAUGGAGUCUUAGGCUUUCAGGGGCUAGAGAUUGAGUUUUUUUGUUUUUUUUUUUUUAGUACUAGAAUAUAUUAAUUUUUAUUAAAAGUAAGUUUAAAAUGUUCUAGCCUUAUUAUUUUAUUUGGCAUCUUGGAAGAAAAAAUGGGUUAACUCCAUGAUAAACUUUCAUUCCAGUAACAAUUUUCAAUAGAUACCAAGUAACUGGAAAGCAUUUCAGAUCAGAUGUUAAUGGCGCAAAGAUAGAUAUAUGCCUCAGUGAGACAGGCUGACCAUUAUGCUAGGUAAAUAGUGAAAGCGAUACUCCAGUACUGUGCUUUUCUGAAGUAAAGAUUAUCUGUUUCUCAGUUUAUGUGUGUAAUACUUUCCUGGUGCUAGCUUCGAUAGGCGAAUUUUAAAAUGUUGGCCCCAGUAAUGAUUGUACUACUUCAUAAUCUUUAUUUGAUUAUGAGUAUAAUCCCAAAAAGUGUUAGAAAUACUUCCAAGCAGUUUCUGAUCUUUAUUCUGCAUUUCUGGGCGUUUGUAAUAUGGUGUUCUACUGAUUUAUAUAUAUUUUUUAAUUAAAAGUUUAUGUUAAGAUUAUGAUGGGGCAAGAGUUUUGGAAGUAUAUUUCUUCUAAUAAAGUAUUAAGACAGUGUUUCAAUUGUCAACACACACCUCCUCAUUUGUUUUGGUUUUGGACUCUAAAGUUUUAGAACUUUUUGUUUCUAAAAAACAGUUCUGUGAACUUUCGAUUUUGAAUUAAAGCUAGUUCACACUUAGAAUAUUUUGUAGCAAAUUGCCUAAGUUGACUAAUCACACAACAUAUUUUUCCUACAUCUUCUUUCAGUGAGAUUUGGGAGUUGGAUGACAGUUUAAAAUUUGCUUUAUACCAUUUAGCUUGUGCAAACAUGUUUAAAAGUUUUGAAAAAAAUAAAUGAUGUGGUCAAGAGUUAAAGUCUCAUAUCUUUGGUAGCAGUACCAUGAGUUAAUUGAAUUCUUAAUACACAAUUUUUGAAAAACAGAUAUGUACUCUGUAUCUGAUUGGGGGUACUGGUUAGACUGCACUUGAAAUAAGAAUAUUACUGGACUAGAAUCAACUCUGAAAUAUUUAAGAAUGUAUUAGAAAGUGCAUGCUUUAUGUUAAAAAGAAUACAUUGCUUUUUAACAUUCCCCAUUCUUUUAUCAGAAAUUUACAUUAAGUUGCAUGUGUACAAACUUAAAAACAUUUUGUGGGGUUGCAGAUUUCUCGUUAUAUAUGAAGAUUCAGUAUUAACUUGAUCUUUGAAACCAUGGUCCCUCUAACUUACUAGUCACAUUGACUGAUGUUUUAGGCGAUAGUGAUGCCUAGAAUUUUGAGACUAAAAUUAGUUACUUGUUAUUUUAACAUUCCAAAAAUUUGGAUUGUUUUCCCCUCUGGUAAUGACAGUUUUUCCAUUAUCUUCCUUUAAAUGGCCACAGUAUGUACUGCCUAAAUGUUCCAUCCAAAAGAUGUAGCUUCAGAAGCACAGUGGUUGCUCCAUGGUCCAUGAGACAUUGUUUGUAGUAUGAGGAUGGAGUGCUGUCUACUGAAACAAUACUCUUUAAACAGAUAUGUAGUAUGUAAUAUUUUCUAAUAAAUUCUUUUGAUAAACACA